UCCUUUAGAGGGAGAGUACUACCAGUAGUUUCCGUCUUCAUUUAAGAAGUUGGAGCGGCUCAUUCCGACUCAGAGAAGAAGUUCAUCAACGGCGACGGACGAGGAGAUCAGCUCUUAUAUACCGAUAUACAAUUAUUGUAGAUAUAUAUAUACAUAUAUAGGCGGAGAUAUUCGAGGCCUGUAUUUCUGUCUUCCUGUUGUUGAAUGGGAAUUAUUUUCCGUGAAAAUCAUGGCGAUGAAAAGGUCAUUCAAGGAUUCUCUUAAAGCUCUCGAAGCAGAUAUUCAGCACGCUAACACUCUGGCUUUAGGCCAUCCGAGGGAGCGUGAUGGAGCAUGCCUUCAGAUGAGAUUGUCUUACAGUCCAGUUGCGAACUUGUUUCUAUUUCUUGUUCAAUGGGCUGAUUGUCAUCUUGCUGGGGCCCUUGGGUUGCUCCGUAUCCUUAUUUAUGUGACAUAUGCAGAUGGUGAAACCACUAUGCCCGUUUAUGAAAGAAAAGCUAGCAUCAAAGAAUUUUAUGGUAUUAUAUUUCCUUCUUUAUUGCAACUUCAAAGUGGGAUAACAGAUUUGGAAGAUAGAAAACAGAAAGAGAUAUGUUUACUCAAGUACUCUAGAAAAGAUGAUAAUUUAGACAAGGGAAAGUACACUGAAGCUGAUAUUGAGAGAGAAGAGGAAUGUGGGAUCUGCAUGGAAAUGAACAGCAAGGUUGUGUUGCCUAAUUGCAGCCAUUCAUUGUGCAUGAAGUGUUAUCGGGAAUGGCGCGGUCGAUCUCAGUCAUGCCCCUUCUGCCGGGAUAGCCUCAAACGGGUGAACUCAGGGGACCUUUGGAUCUGUACUGACAACAAUGAAGUUGCCGAUUUAUCCAUAAUCUCCAGAGAGAACAUACGGAGGCUGUUUAUGUACAUAGAAAAGUUACCUCUCGUUGUUCCAGAACCUGUGUUUUUUGUUUCCUAUGAAUCUCGCCUGAGGUAUUACUAAAUCCAGAAUCAGUUCACUGGCUAAAACCCAGUUGUAUAUAAUUUCAACACUAGCGCAACUUGAAUUGUAAAUCCCUGCUGGCUUGUGUCUUUUGGCUUUUAUAUCCAUGGGCGUCAAUAUGCUGUUGAUCUC